CCAGAAGGAGCGGCGGGGCGCGCGCGGGCGCGGGGCGCGCCGCUGCUCGGCCCCCAUGGACGGCUACGCGGAGCUCAGCCCCGACGGCGAGAACCUCUUGGAUAACGGCGACGGCAUCUCCCGUCAGCCGCACUGGCUCACCGACCUCGAUUCGCGGCUGCGGAGCCAGGAAGAGGAGCUGACGCUGGUGAAGUCGGCCCUGGCCGACGCAUUGCGCAGGCUCAGCUUCUAUGACCAGCAGAUCCCGCAGCUGCUCCGAGUGAAUUCCGCCGUACUGGAUGCCAGAGACCCGGCGGUCCUUCCGCAAGGCAAAGGUGCGCUCUGGGUGCUGCCUCCGGCGCUCGCCAACGAUUCCAGUUUGCCCGGCACGCAGCGAUCGGGGAGCCGGGAGGAUCUGGUACCCUGGACCGAAAAGGCGCAGGGCUUCCGGGUCAGUGUUGGGACGCAGACCGAAGAGUCGACUGUCCUGACGGUGAAGCAGGGCGAGCUGCUGAGCAAUGGGCAGCUUGACCAGGUGGAUGGCGGUUCGGUUGUUGGCAGCAAACCAGGCCAGGCCGGAAAGACGGACUGCGCAGGGGACCCGGUCAACCCACACGUUCCUGAGCCAGCAAAGAACUCCUUUGGGUCGUCCGCUGACGGGGGGACCCAGGGCUUUGCCUCGGAGGUGCAGAAAGUCCACGAGAGCCCUCGGACUCACGGACUCGGUGGCCAUCUCCCAGGCUCUUGUCCCCACAAAACUCAAGAUGUGGGGGAACCUCCCCCCGAAGACAGCACGGACCCAAGGGCAGGGCAGCCCCGAGCCCCAGCUCAGCCCUGGGGGCAGGAAACGCCCUCCCCAGAGCCCCUGUCAGAAGGAAGCGGCAGCAGCACCGCAGCCUCCCCGGUUCCAGCCGUUCAGAGCUUGAUGACCAGCAAGAAGGAGCUGCUGCGGAGAAACAGCUCCUCUGACAAACCCGCCCGAGCCAAACAACACCUUUCCAAGAAGGCUGCGUCUUCGGCGAAUCUCCUGAACCGCUCCAGUAGCCUUGAGAACCGUAUCAAGGAUCCGUCCCUGAGCCCAGGUCCCUGGAGCUCUCGCCGUGGGAAUUACAACUUAGAAGGACUCUCCACCAAGAUGUUCCUGCGUGGCCGGCCCAUCACCAUGUACAUCCCUUCUGCUUUCUCCAACUAUGAGGAGAUGCGCAUGGAGCUGCCGGUCGAGAAGCUGCAGCUAGACUGGGUCUACGGGUACCGGGGCCGCGACUGCCGUUCCAACCUCUACGUCUUGACCUCGGGGGAGCUGGUCUACUUCAUCGCCUGCGUAGUUGUGCUGUAUCACGUCCAGCGCCGCACGCAGCGGCACUACCUGCGGCACACGGACUGCGUGCGCUGCCUAGCUGUGCACCCUGACCGAGUCCGUGUGGCCUCCGGGCAGAUGGCCGGUGUGGACAAGGACGGCAAGCCCCUGCAACCUUCUGUUCACAUCUGGGAUUCCUCCACCCUUCUCACGCUGCAGCAAAUCGGUCUGGGCAGUUUUGAGCGAGGGGUCGGGUCCCUCGCCUUCUCCACGGCCGAUGAUGGCGCCUACUUGUGUGUGAUAGAUGAAUCCAACGAACACAUGUUGUCUGUCUGGGAUUGUGCCCGUGGAGUCAAGCAGGUGGAGAUCAAGAGCACGAAUGAAUCCGUCCUGACGGUGGAGUUUAAUCCCCAAGACAGCAGCAACAUAAUCACCACCGGAAAAUCUCACGUCUAUUUCUGGACCUGGAGCGGAAACAGCCUAACCAAGAAACAGGGCAUCUUUGGGAAAUACAAGAAGCCCAAAUUCAUCCAGUGCUUCGUGUUCGACACCAACAGGGAUGUGCUCACCGGGGACUCCGAGGGAAACAUUCUGACCUGGGCCAGGGUGGCCGCGGACACCCGCACCCUGGGCAAGGGGGCGAAAGAGACGUACCAGAUCAGCAAGCAGACGCGGGCCCACGAAGGCAGCAUCUUCUCCCUCUGCCUGUGCCGGGAUGGUACAGUCCUCAGCGGAGGGGGCAAGGACCGGCGUCUGGUCCAGUGGAGCCCCAACCUCACCCUGGUGCAGGAGGUGGAGAUCCUGGAGCAGUUUGGCGCUGUCCGCACCAUCGCAGAGGGCGAUGACGGGGAGCUGCUGGUCGGGACCACGCGCAACGCCCUGCUGCGGGGGACGUUCGCAGAGGGCUUCCGGCCCAUCAUCCAGGGGCACACGGAUGAACUGUGGGGGUUGGGCACGCACCCGUCACGGGACCUUUUUGUCACCUGCGGCUACGACCGGCAGCUUUGCAUGUGGGAUGGCGGAGAGCACACACUGGCUUGGAGCGUCACGCUGGAGGAGACGGGGCUGUGUGCCGACUUCCACCCCAGUGGCAGAGUGGUCACCGUAGGGCUCAGCACUGGAAGAUGGGUGGUGGUGGAUACCGAGACACUGCAGGUGUUGUCGGGCUACACGGACGGUAACGAGCAGCUUUCGGUGGUGCGGUAUUCACCAAAUGGGGAAUUCUUGGCCAUCGGCUCCCAUGACAACUUCAUCUAUAUUUACAGUGUGGAGGAGAGCGAGCAUAAAUAUACCCGUUUUGGCCGUUGCGUGGGUCACUCCAGUUUUAUCACACAUUUGGACUGGUCUAAAGAUGGGAAAUUCAUCAUGUCCAAUUCAGGGGACUAUGAAAUCCUGUACUGGGACGUGGCGGGAGGCUGCAAGCUGCUGCGGAAUCGCUUCGAGAACAGGGACCGGGAAUGGGCCUCGUACACCUGCGUGCUGGGUUUUCACGUCUUCGGGGUGUGGCCGGACGGCUCGGAUGGGACCGACAUUAACUCGCUGUGCCGCUCCCACCAUGAGCGGGUGGUGGCCGUGGCGGAUGAUUUCUGCAAAGUGCACCUUUUCCAGUACCCGUGUGCCAAGCCCAAGGCACCGAGUCUUGUCUACGGGGGCCACGGGAGCCACGUCACCAACGUGCGCUUCACGCACGACGACGGCUACCUGAUCUCCAUGGGCGGCAAGGACACGAGCAUCUUCCAGUGGCGCGUGCUGGCCGGGAGCCGCUCCACCUCUUCCCCCCAGGACGCCGGGGCCAGCACCUGACGGAGAGGGCCGUGUGGGCGACCAGACCAGACCAAGCCCCCUGCAGCCUCUCUUGCGGAUGGGUGGGCACCCCCCGUCCCAGGACGGAUUGCUGGGAACCGUGUGCUCGGGCAGGUGACCCCAUGGGAAGCCCGAGUCCCGUCUUCCCACCAUGUAAUUUCCUUUGUGACUUGCUUAAUAAGUGAAUGAUAACAAGGCGUGGAAGUGCUAGCAUUGUGAAGGGAAAUGGAAGUCUCGGGCUCUGUUUGUGAGGAGCUGGGAAGGCGACUUUGGGAUGGGGAUCGUGGAGAAAAUUGGUUGCUUGUGUUGCGGGAAAGGGGAGAUUCGGGGAACUCCGGAAGAUGUUCCCUCUCGGCCUGGCUGAUGCAGCAUCCAGUAUUUCUGGGGCUCGUAGGGAGCAAGGCUGUGAGAACCGAAAAGAUGGGGAAAUGGGGGUCGUUCGCAGCCCCACCAGCUCUUCUCGCUGUAACCCUCCGUACUUCGUUUACAUUCCGAGGGAUCCUGGUUAAGCCUGGAUCCGACACGCAAAUAGUGAGAGCAAAAGAAGGGCCUUAACACUGUGAGAUAAGCAGAGAAAUAAACCUUUGCAUCCAAAA